AUGCUAGCAGGCAAGGCAAAGCAGAGGAUAUUCCAUCUCUCGAAGCUCAGGGACAACUUCAUGGGAACAAAGAAGCUUCGUGCCGAGGGAAAAGAGGUGAUGUCGGAACGUAUCAUUGCCACGGACAAUGCGUAUGUCCUCUACGUCCUGGGAGUUGUUAUCUUCCCCGACGUUUCCGGUUUUCGUGUGAGCGCCAACUUUAUCCAGCUGUUGCAACCAUUUGACAAGAUUCACGAAUACUCUUGGGGCACUGCCAUCCUUGCAAACUCGUUGAACGAGUUGAGAAAGGCUUCUAUGGCUCGAAGGAACCAAAUCGGAGGGAAUAUGGUUUUUCUGCAGGCGUGGAUAUAUGUGCACUUCCCAAUAUUUACUCAAAGGGCUUUUGAGAAUAAGGAAUGGUACCACCAGUAUUAUGGAGACAAGUACACCUACAGAAAGAAGCCGAGUCGGGUACUUGGUAACCCAAGCAAAGCUACAAAUCAUGGAAGGGAAAAAUGUUAA